AUGACUGAGGAUAACCACUCCUUGACAACAGACUUUACCCUAACAGGAUUUACAAAUCAUACAGAGCUGAAGACCCUUAUGUUUCUGGUGUUCCUUAUCCUGCAUCUGAUUACUAUGGUGGGAAAUCUUGGCCUUGUGGUAUUGAUAGUCACAAAGCAUCGUCUUCACAUACCAAUGUACAUCCUUCUGGGGAACCUCCCUCUGAUGGAUUCUUGUUGCUCCAGUGCCAUUACCCCAAAGAUGUUACAGAACCUGUUUUCUAAAGAUAAAAUGAUUUCCCUCUAUGAAUGCAUGGCACAAUUUUAUUUUCUCUGCCUUGCUGAAACUGCAGAUUGCUUUCUCCUGGCAGCAGUGACCUAUGAUCGCUAUGUGGCCAUCUGCAAACCACUGCAGUACCACACCAUGAUGUCAAAGAAACUCUGCAUUCAGAUGACCACGGGGGCCUACAUAGCUGGAAACAUUCAUCCCACGAUUCAUGUAGGGUUUCUGUUUAGGCUAAUUUUCUGCAGGUCUCAUCAAAUCAAUCACUUUUUUUGUGAUGUCCUUCCACUAUACAGCCUCUCCUGUGUGGAUCCUUUUAUCAAUCAAUUGAUGGUACUCAUCUUUGCAGGGUCAGUUUUAGUCUUCACUAUUACCAUAGUAAUAAUCUCUUACCUUUUCAUUCUUUUCACAAUUUUCAAGAUG